CCUGUGUUGCCCUCUUUACGCCACGAAAUUGCACACAUUUUUUGCCCAGGGACGUCUGGUCCAGCCGCCUGAGCUCAUCGCCAGGAACAAUCAUUCUCGUCGGCGGCCCCUGAAAAGCGGCGUUACGUGCUCUCUAUAUGAACUGAAUCUGUUUCCUGUGAUCUUCUCGUGUCUGCGCGAUAAAGCUCCACUCCUUUCACGCUUAAUGUUUUUUCUCGGUCACGUCUCUUCGCCAGCCAACCCGAGACAAUGUCCAUCCCUCGGAAGCCCGUACCCUCCUUAAGCAUCGCGAAUGGCUCGCCCAAGCUCGAAAACGUACCAGAGAUCACACCCAGCGUAUCAGAGCAAGAUCUUGCCAAGGAUGUGGAGAAGAACCCCGUAGCGGAGACGACGCGUCGCGCAUCUUCCGAAGAGGACUUGGCUCCACCCGUUCCAGCAUACAAGCGCGUUGUUACAGGCUUUGGGGAUUUUGGCAGCGGAGGCUAUGCCUUUGAGAAAGUGCGAAGCUUCCAUUUCAGAGAUUUCAAGCCCAGCACGAAGAAUGCGAGCAAGCGUCUGUCGGCGCAAAGCAAGAGGCUGUCACAGCGAUAUGGACAAGAGUUGGGAGGCCAGAAGAGGUACUUCGGCCUGACUCGUCGAAGCUUCUAUCUCAGUGUUCUCGCACUCGUUCUCAUUGUCCUUGCCGUGGCCAUUGGACUCGGCGUGGGUCUCAAGAGAAUACACCGCCCGCAGAACCUUCCCCUCCCAAGCAAUCAAGAGGUCCAUACAGGCGAUCUGACGUACUAUGAACCCGGCCUUGGAGCUUGCGGCAUCACAAACACAGCCUCUGAUAGUAUUGUCGCAAUCAGUCAUCUAGUGUUUGAUGCGGCCCAAACUGGCAGCGAUCCUAACCAGAAUCCACUGUGCGGGAAGAAGAUUCGCGUGUCGAGAUACAAUGAGCAGGUUGGUGCCCAAAGGAGUGUUGAUGUGACUGUCACCGAUCGGUGCGUCGGUUGUAAAGCCACCGAUCUUGAUGUCACCACCAGCGUAUUUGAUCAGCUGGCUGAUCAGGACGCUGGGCGAGUGCUUGCGACUUGGGCCUGGCUGAAUGUCGACCUCUGAGACCAUACGUGGCACGGUGCUUUUUUUCUUAGCGCCUUAUCAAGAUUUCACAUACAAAAAGGCAUCAGAUUAGUGCCUCACGGCGACGCGAGCUUUAAUACCAUGUCCAGUGUUUGGACGUGAUAAUCUCGCCAUUUCGAUGUGCAAGGCCGUACAGCCAAUUGAUCGACGGGGUAGCCCUAUGUUGCUCUCUAUAGGUCUCGCCAACCAACUGAUAGGUUUUGUGAAGGGUCUAAAGUCGAACCAGAGACAUAAUUCCCCAUAUCAGUUCCGCGGCUUCUGAUUUGGUCUUCUCCCAAAUGCGAAAGUCAAAUCUACUUCAUGCUUGGAUCAAAGUGUUUGUCCAAUCACGGAUGUCGUUGAUAUUGCGAGAAGUACCAAGUUCGUUUGACAACAGCGAAAGGUCGCUGGUCAGGUCUAGUUCGUUAUGCUGAAAGAGCUGUAUUAAUUGAAUUAAAAAUGGUAGCAUACCACGGAACUGACCUUCCAGGAACGCGUGCUCGACUGACGGUUAAUGUAUAUAUGAUUAUCAUUAUUAUUGUUAUGAAUAAUUCAAAUAUAGUCAACGCUACUUGUGAAAUCCGACAUCAU